AUGGUAGAACCUGAUGGUGGAUUAUGGUACUGGGCUACGGUGUGUGAAGAUUUGUUUAUGCAUCACUUCACCAUCACCACCAUCUGUAAAGUUGUGUUUGAAAAUGUGUAUAGAGAGGGAGACGGAGAGGGAGAGGGAGAGGGAGAGGGAGAGCUUCUAUGGAGAGAGAAAACGGUUUUAAUUUUUGGAAUCGCCGGAGUGAUCAUCGGAAUUGCCGCCGGAGCGACCGUCAGAGCAAUCGCCAGAGCCGAUGAUCCUUUGGUAGAGAAGUGGAGGGAAGGUGGUGUAGUGGGGUCAGAUGAUGGGGUGGGUGAGUGCACUGUUGCAUACAUAUGUGACCUGUACAAAACAAUUUGUUUCAGGCUAACUGUACAGGCCUGGCUAUUUAUCAUUCCAGAGGAACAGUGGUUCCUAGGCAAGAUUACAACAUCAGUGACCAAGGGUGUCUUGAAAAGUAUACAAACUAACUUAAGCAACCAUCAGAAGCAAAUCAUGAGGAGAACUUGCUUCGCACAUUUCCUCGAAUGCGAUGAAAUUGUGGUACAACCACUGCUAAUUCACUUUUUCCUAUUGAGGCAGGUAUAUCAACCCAAUCCUGAAGAACUGUGGUUUUUAGUUGCCGGGCGAUAUGUAGGUAGUGUAACACAUGAAGAUGUGAAGUCCACAUUUAUAUCUGCCUGCCAAAUGCCGGACUUAGAUCUUGUCGAAGCCCUCCCUGAUCAUGAUGUUGCACUGAUUGGUAUCCUCUAUUUUAUUACUGCCUAUUUGUUUCCUAGAGAUUAUAAGAAAGUUGUUGAUCACUAUUUGUUCACACUCGUUGAAGACUUCCCUGCACUGAAUAGUUUUUCGUGGGGAAAGUUACUGUUCGAUGUUACUUUGAGUUCUUUGAAAGAUGGGUUGAGUCGUCGAACAACACACUACAGGCUACGAGGUAUGUUGGUAGCCUUUCAAGCAUGGAUCUACGAAACCUUCCCUGGUCUAGAUGAAGUUAUUGUCACGAAGAUAUCAACAACGCACCCCCGAAUCAAAAACUGGUUUGCAAACGAGCAACCAUCUGCUUCUAAGUUGGAGGAGCCUGAUUGCUUCAAGAAGCCUAAUAUGCAGAUCUGUGACCUGGUACCAAGUGAAGCGGAAAUGGCGAUGCCAUAUAUGGAUGGGGUGCAAUAUAACAAAAUAAAUCAACUGGAGUUUUCCUGUGGCAGCUAUCGAAGGAAAAACAGGAAGCGAAAGUCUGCUAACCCUGCUAGCAUGAGUGGAGAAUCUGUGCCUUUGGUAAUGGACAUUGGCGUUGGACCUGCUCAUGUUGCAGAUGACGACGAUGAUUUCGUGGAUCCUCCACGACGAUGUGAGGUGACAUCACAUCAGGAAACGCCCAAUGCUACUGAAGGCCCUUUGGCCCCCCAACAUUCACCAAAUGAACCACAAUAUCAUGGGACGGAACGGAGUGAUCAGACAAAAAAGAUUAAUGAAAUCAUGAAGAUGCAAGAACAGAUAAAAUGUGACAUGACGGAAAUUAGGACGAAUAUGCAAUUCUUGUCCGAGUCUGUGACUGCAAUGAUAUCAAGUACUAUGGAUGAGAUUUUAAGGCUUUUCAACGAUAGGAAAAGUAGUCCUGUUAAAGAGUUUGGAGAUAUGGAACCUGCUGUUGUUGGAGGUGAAGAAAGUCAUGUUGUCGAAGAAGUUCACAAGAUUGCUGAGGUGGGAAAUUAGGAACCUGUUGUUGACAGGAAAGGGAAGGGGAAGGUCGACCCAAGUGAUGAUGCUACUUUUGAAUGUAGUCUUCAACCGCCAUCAUUUGACUUGGUUUUUGGAUACACACAAUUGGAUGUUUCUCACUCUGCAGAAAUUCAAAAGCGGGUAGAUGCUGUCAUAUCUGAUGUGGUCACAGCAUCUGCAAAUGUUGAGGAAGAGGUAUUCCCAUUUUGUUCUUUGUGCUGCAUGCUGGUCACUGAAUGCGUAGGUCACGAA